AUGCGGGCCCUCUAUGCGCUCCUCUUGCUCCUUGCGCUGCUCACUCUCGCCUCCGCCCAGAACGACGCCACGACCACUGCCGCCGCAACCACCGGAGACGACGCUGCUACGACGAGCGCCGCGACGACGACCGGCAGCGGUACCGCAUCCUCGGAAGAAAGCAGCACCACCAGCGACUCUACGUCCAGCACACAAUCGGCCGCUUCCACGACCGCCGCGGCCGCCACGACUGAUGAUGCCUCCUCGUCCACGACCUCUGCCUCGUCUUCGACCCGCAGCUCCGCUACCACCACCCUAGGCAACACCGCCACAUCCGUCCGCUCCUUGACUGGCCUGCCUACCUUGGCCGGCGCCGGCAUUCCCACGGUGAUUGUGCCCAAUCUUUCGAAUGCACCCUUCAUGCAGAAGUCGACCUACCCAGAGGGCACCGUCUUCAUCUGCGUCGCCGCCAUCCUCGGCUUCCUUGGCAUGUGUAUCCUGGCUUGGCGUGCUAUGAUCGCAUACUCGCUGCACCGCAGCGUCAAGAAGGCGGCCAUGGCCCAGAGCAUGAGUGACAGCAAGACCAUGCGCGGUCCUGGUUCCACGUACGGGCCCGGCGGCGCCAUGUACAACGCAGUGGGACACGGAAGCACCCUAUCCUUGGAUCAUCUCAAGUCCUCCCACGGUGCUUCGAAGUCUCCGCUGGAGAAGACGCGCUUCGUCCCCAGCCAAUCGUCGCUCUUCUUUUCUCCCACCGCCGACAAUCCGAACCGCGUCUCGCACUACAGCAUCUCGGGCAAUCGUUCCUCGACCUACCUCCCUGCCGGCUACUACGCUGCGGGCAAUUCGGCUCUCAGCCCGACUGCGAACAACUUCGGAAACCCGCGCACCCGCUCCAUGUAUUCCCAGCACUACCUCGGUCCCUCGCCGCCCGAGUCUCCCGGGCUACCGCCGAGUUCGCGCGACGGCCCUUCGCACAUCCCACACAGCCCGCUUGAGUCAAGGCAUCCCAGCAACUCGUACAACAACGCAUUGUACCCGCGGCCCUCGGGAAGCCGUGGUAAUGAUUCAUCUGCGGGUGCCCGUAGCAGCGUUGCCGGCACCGUGGCCGGUGCAAAUAGCACGAGCACGAUAAAUCUGACUGCUCCGCCGCAGGGCCGCGCACCCAGUGCCUACCUCGAGGAUUUGUUUGAGAAUGGCACAGAUCUCCCAGGGCCUGCCCCAGACCACUACACGCCAAGGCGGGGCCGGCGUGAGAGCGGUUCGCGCUUUUGA